AUGACGAGUGUUGAUCUAUCAAGCAACAGGUUUGAAGGAGAUAUUCCAAAUUCCAUUGGAAGUCUGAGCUCACUUGUCUUACUCAACUUGUCUCACAACAUUUUCCAUGGUCAUAUUCCUGCAGAAUUUACAAAGUUGCAGCAGCUCGAAGCAUUAGAUAUCUCAUGGAACAGACUCAUCGGAGAAAUUCCAGGUCCAUUGUCGAGUUUGACAUUUCUUGAGGUGUUAAACCUUUCGUACAAUCAUCUGGCUGGGCGCAUUCCUAUUGGGAAACAGUUCAAUACAUUUCCAAAUGAUUCAUACUGUGGAAAUCCUGGAUUAUGUGGAUUUCCACUGUCAAAGGAAUGUGGAAACAAUAAUGAGUCACCACUUGAACACGAAGAUGAUGAUGAUGAUUCAUUUUUUAUGAGCGGGUUCACAUGGGAAGCAGUUGUAAUAGGUUAUGGUUGUGGUAUGAUAUUUGGAUUGUUGAUAGGCGGCCUCAUGUUUCUAUUGGGAAAACCAAAAUGGUAUGUGAACUUUGCUGAAGAUAUUGCUCAACAAAUUAGUGCUAAGAAGGGGACAAGGCAAAAGAAGAGACGUCAAAGACGUGGUCUACGAUGA